CAAGCUUUUCCUCCAUGGUGGGACCUUUUCCUCUUUCCCAUCAUUUUCCUGCCUGCGUCCCACCUUCCUCCCCUUCAGGCCGGAGUUCCCCAGAGAGCCUCCCGGUCCUCGCCUUCCCACCGCCCGGCCGCUUCUGACAGGAUUUUGAGGCCUCCUCCGAGGGCGGCUGUUCUCCAGGGAGGCGAGUUCAAAUCCUCCAGAGAGAUUUUUCUCCGUCUCCACAGACGGUUCCUGGACAGGAAGGAGAGGAAGAGGGAGAAAGUGCCGCCUUUGGAGACGCCGAGGCCUUUGUUUGACAGGGAAGCCAUGGAGAGGAGCCUUUCUCUCUACUCCCAAGCCCAUCAUCCCCUCAGAUGCGCCCCUCUUUCCCGCCGUUUCUAUCAUCCGGGCACUUUGACCCAAAUCCACCAGGGGGCGCCUUCUGCCAAAGGAAGGGAACUCCAGGCGCUUCCCCAUUGGCCCACUGGAUCCUUGCCUCUCUAGGACUCCGCACUCGCUCUCCUUAACCCCGGAUGACGCGGAGAAACUGCCGGAGAGUCUGGCAGGGGGAGAUCCAGACGUGCCUCGGAUACAGAAACUGGAAGCCAUUUGUGGUCUUUCCAAGGCAAACUUUUCUCUUGGGGGAGAAAAAAAGAGCGGAAUCACCUGCAGGGAUCAGUCCUGCGGCCCCAGAAAUGGUCCCGUGAAGGAAAAGGCAUCUGGAGACCCAUCAGAGUCCUUGGAGCCAUUUGGAGUUGCUCUGCAGGAGAGAGAAAGGAUGGAGACACAACCUUUGGGAAAGGAGGGAGCCGGAAAAGGCCUUUCAGCUGCUCAGCCUGGGAAGCUCUGGACAAGAACCAGGCAGAAGAUCCUGGCGGAGGAAACCAUCCUCCCUUCAGAAGUUCAGCCCUGGAACUUCAUCCAAUACCGGGAGGCGGAGGGUCUCCGAGGACUUUGCAGCCGACUCCAUGACUUUUGCAGGCGAUGGCUGAGACCAGAAAAACACACCAAAGCCCAGAUGCUGGACCUGGUGGUUCUGGAGCAGCUCCUGGCUCUCCUGCCCCCAGAGAUGGAGGGCUGGGUGCGGGAGUGUGGAGCAGAGACCAGCUCCCAGGCGGUGGCCCUGGCAGAAGGCUUCCUCCUGAGUCAGGCGGAGGAGCAGAAGGAGCAGGUCCAGUUGCAGUGCUGCACUGCAGAGAUCAGAGAUGCUGAGGGAAAGAAGAUCCCAUUAAAUCCCCCCCAGGAGCUAUUUUUCAGGAGGAUCCCUUGGGAAGAUCCAAGUCAGGACACCUCAGGAGAGAAACAAAGAAUUAAGUUUUCUGGUUUUUAUGACGGAGAUCAAACAGCGGUUGAACCUCCAAAUCAAGAGAGUCUGGUGUCCUUCGAGGAGGUGGCUGUGUCUUUCUCUGAGGAGGAAUGGUCUCAGCUGGAUCCGGACCAGAAAGCGCUGCAUUUGGAAGUCAUGCUUGAAAACCAUACGAAUGUGGUCUCUCUGGGUAAUAAUGGGCAGGAGAAUCAAGAUUCCUGUGAACUGUUAAAAGGGAUCAAUGCUAAAGAUGGAACGGAGAAGUUUGGAAUUCGAGUGGAAUUCGAAAGCCAUGAGAGAAACCAGUCAAAGAAUUGGGAUCAAGAAAGCUCAUCUUCCAAUGAUGCUCCGAUGCAAGACUUUAUUGCCCAACAAGAGAAAAUAAGGAAAAAAUAUACUGGGAAAAGUGUGAAGCUAAUCAAAGCUAAAGUACAAGUAAAUGAACACUAUUUAAUGCAAAACAAAGGAGAAGAUGCUACAAGAAGACAUAAGAGACAAAAUUGCAAUAGGACAUUCAUUUUUUCUCUUGGAAAUAAAUUCCUUACAUCUCAAAAAGUGAUUGACACAAAAGAGAAGCCUUAUAAAUGUUUGGAAUGUGGAAAACAUUUUGGAACAAGCAGGCAACUUAUUUCCCAUGAAAGGAUUCACACUGGGGAGAAGCAGUGUUCAGAAGCACCUGUAGCCCAUGCAGCCCAGUCCCUCCAAGCAGCAGGAGAGAAACCAUAUAAAUGCAUGGAGUGUGGGAAAACCUUUAUUUGUAGCAAUGAACUUACUAUCCACGAAAUGAUCCACACGGGGGAAAAGCCAUUUAAAUGCAUGGAGUGUGGAAAGACUUUUGCUCAAAGAGGUAAUCUUAUUUCCCAUGAGAUGAUCCACACAGGAGAGAAGCCAUAUAAAUGCAUGGAGUGUGGAAAGACCUUUGCUCAAAGAGGUAAUCUUAUUUCUCAUAAGAUGAUCCACACAGGAGAGAAGCCAUAUAAAUGCAUGGACUGUGGAAAGACCUUUGCUCAAAGAGGUAAUCUUACUUCCCAUCAGAUGAUCCACACAGGAGAGAAGCCAUUUAAAUGUAUGGAGUGUGGAAAGACCUUUGCUCAAAGAGGUAAUCUUAUUUCUCAUAAGAUGAUCCACACAGGAGAGAAGCCAUUUAAAUGCACGGAGUGUGGAAAGACCUUUGCUCAAAGAGGUAAUCUUACUUCCCAUCAGAUGAUCCACACAGGAGAGAAGCCAUUUAAAUGUAUGGAGUGUGGAAAGACCUUUGCUCAAAGAGGUCAUCUUAUUUCCCAUAAAAAGAUCCACUCAGCAGGGAAAUCAUUUAAAUGCAUGGAGUGUGGAAAGACGUUUAUUAAGAGCGGUCCUCUUACUUCUCAUAACAGAAUCCACACAGGAGAGAAGCCAAAGAAAUGCAUGAAAUGUGGAAAGAGAUUUGCUCAGAAUGAUCAUCUUACUGUCGAGCCGCGUCCACCACAUCUGCUCAACACAAGACAAGCUGCGAACAGAAGAAGAACGGCGGGCUGGGGAAUAGACAUACGGAAAGAGGUGAUUCAUGUGUGACGAGAGACACCUGUAGUUAAUGGCAUGAAUGGUGAUGGUGACACGACGGGAUGGGAUCGGGACCAGAGAGGAUAGUCAGACACUGCCUGAUGGGAGCGGCUCAGGUGAUCUAUGCCGCUAAAUAGCUGAGCUACCUCGGGGAGGGCUCUGAUAAUUGGAGAGGCGUAGCUACACCUUUAAAAUGGAUGCUCAGAGGCGGAAGCUCUCACCGCUAACUUUACCUUUGAGAGACUCUGUUUGACUUGUAGCUGGCUUGUGGCUUAUUAAACCAAGGAUUCACGAUUA